GGUGUGCGGUGCAGCCAUUUGGACCCACUUUAACCUGGUGUUUGAGAACCACAACGUAGGGCCCCGCCAAUCUGGGGCAUGCAGCGGCUCAACCAACUGGCCCCGGGGCCACCGAUAGGUGUUGACUUAAUGUCAGUGGAUGGACCUGCUAUCGACUCAACAAAUGCUGUGAAACACUGACCCAACAACACCGCUUCCGACUCCUUCCCGGCAGACCGGCGCGCCGGUGCUGCCCGUUGCCCGCCACCAUGGACGAUCAAUCGCUGCGCUCCAAAGCGUCGCAGGCCACACUCGUUUCGCUGCUCGAGCUCGACCCGGCGCCCAUGGAGUCGCCCAACGUCGACAAGGACCUCCCGCCGCUGCCCGUGCAGCACGACGGCGAGCCCGCCUCCGAAUCGACUGCUUCUCUCAAAUCCUCCUCGACAUCUGCCAGCCUCGGCCUAAGCGGCAGCGGCCACGGAGCCAUCUACUACUUAACUCGCAUCCAGCGCUACUCCUCCUACACCUUCACCUUCUUCGGCGCGCUCCACCUGGCCACCACCUCGCUGAUCCCGCUUGCCGCGCAAUCGGUCGCCUCCUCCGAGUCAUACCUGCUCCUCGCCCGCGAGAUCUACCAGACCCCCCUCUCGGAGCCGCUGCUCGUCGGCCUGCCCGUGCUCGCCCACGUCGGCGCCGGCGUGGCCCUCCGCCUGCUGCGCCGCGCCCACAACCUGCGCCGGUACUACGGAGACGCCCACCCGGCCCGCCACCACGACGUCCCGCAUACCGCCGCCUCGGCAUCGGCCACCACCGGCCUCACCGCCCCACCCAGACCGGCGCCCAGCUACCGCGGCUGGCCGGCGCUCAGCUGGAUCGCCGUGUCGGGGUACGCGUUCGGCGGCGCGCUGGCGGCGCACGUGUUCAUGAACCGGGGCCUGCCGCUGCUGGUGGAGGGCGACAGCGCCAACAUCGGGCUGGCGUACGUGGCGCACGGGUUCGCGCGGCACGGCGCCGUCUCGUGGCUCGCCUACGCCGGCCUGCUGGCCGCCGGCUGCGGCCACAUGGUCUGGGGCUGGGCGCGGUGGCUCGGCGCCGCGCAGGGCGCUGGCUGGCGGCUCGAGCGGCUCACGGGCCACGCGGCGGUCGAUCGCGAGGCCAGGAGGCGGCGCCGCCGUCGGUUGCUCGUCAUCAAUGGCGUUGCGGCGGCCGUGGCGGCCGCGUGGGCUGCCGGCGGGCUCGGCGUGGUCGCGCGCGGCGGGGAGACGCUUGGCUGGGUCGGGAAGCUGUAUGAUGGGCUGUAUGAGAGGGUGCCGGGGUUUUGAGAGUUCUCUCGGCGGGGCGCUGGUCUGGGAUGCUGGUUGUGGGCUGCACAGAAGAUUACGUUUAGCGGGCCUGCUUUUUUGGGGGAAGUAAAAGAGAUUCCAACGGAUACCCCGUGACGGAGUGGAUGGUACAUCAAUUGUUGAGUUGUUCAGGGUCUAGGGGGCAAGAGAUCCUUGCAUAGCGAUCUGGCGCUCAAUGAUGAGGUAUAUAGAUUUUGGCAAGCUAGAUUUUAGCAGUUGUAUGGGCGGUCUCGGCGUAGGAGAAAAUAACAGAUGCCAUGCUCCGUUUCGUUAGUCUCUUCCACGGGCUCUUUGAUGAGGAACAAAAGCAAAACGUUAAGGCUGAUUAGAUGCUAGAGGCCAGGUGAUGCAUCCCCUUCCAACUUGCCCAGAAGCCACGCAGUCCAGGCAAGAGUAAACCGUGAGAAUGGCUCAGUGAGGCGGCAGCAAAGACAGGUGGACGAGCUCCCUUGCAGUACUCUCUACUCUAUGCAGCUGUUAGCGCUGUGUCUGGUUUUGAACUUGUAUGCUCUUUUUUGCUUGGUGCGAGACAGUAAGUAAUGACGAUGACGGCUUGGUGUACGCAACGCCCCCUUUUGUUCCACACACGUACAAUACUGGUUUGAUGUAAUGAUGUCAUGCUGCUUUCAGCUGCCUUCGAGCUCGGGACCAGCCGAGCCCCCCCAA